AUGUCAGACAUCCGUGUGUCUGUGCAAUGGAAGAACCCAACAGUCUUCGCCGGCGAGGACAUCGAGUGCACAAUAACAUUCAAGAACAUUGCGCUGGUAGGCAGUGUCCGCCGCUCACCAUCCCCAAACUGUCACACUGCCAGCCAUGGCUCACAUCGGGACCGGUGGAAGGAGACUCUGCCUGUGCGCUCCGCCAACGCUCCUACGAGUGCUAUGCACAGAACGUCGCCCUCGUUGACAGGCUUUUCUCAAUCCCACGCCAGGACACACAAGCAAGCAUUGUCGCUCAGCAGCGCCGACGGCUCUCCGAAGUCUCCCAUAGUUGAUAUCACUGACGGCACAUCUAGAAGCUCAAAUCAGGAGGGAAACAAGCACAGGAGAUCCGUCUCGAUUGUCUCUUUUCGUGGGGAGGCAUACCAGGAGACCUCUCCGCAUAGUCAGUUGCUGAGCUCCGGACGUUUAGGCCAUGGUCAUACUCGUGCGGCCAGUCUGCAUGUUAUGCCCCGGAGGAACGGGUUACUGAGCAAUGGACCAUCAUCAGCACCAGGAAAUGAGCGGGCCUUUACCAUGCCUUCUCCUCUCUUCCGUGCUUCUACCUCGUAUGCGGAACAACGUCUGAGUCUACAAACUAUAUCUCACCCAAAGUAUCAAAUGGUCUCGGACGUUGGUCUUGCCUCUCCAGUGACUGGGACGAGGGAUCGCAGUUCCUAUCCGAAUUACAGAUUUCCUCACGUGCCCGCCCCUAUAAAUGAAGUCUCUGGGCAAGUCCCCUGGUUACCCAACGAACGGUCGCAUGAUCCUAUCAGGAGAGCUCGAUCUCCGAGGUCUCAAGACGUUGGCAAUGGAUUUGACCAAUUCAAGCCGGCCACGAGAAUCCUUUCGCCUUCUAGUGUCAAUGGCACACCGCGGAGCAGCGGCGAAUUCUAUUCGAUGAGCAACAAUUCAACCGAGACUCUAGCUUCGGAGUAUAUUAAUCAGGGAAAUAGCCGUCUGGUUCACAGGCCAGCUCAUAGUCGGCAAGCGUCAUGUCUUGCGCCUGCCAAAGCUUCGAAGCCACAAGUGUUAAUGAUGGGCUACGGGCAGAUUACUGGCUCUUUCACCCUUGAUGGGUCACUGGUCAAUCAAGGGCCAUUUGAAGAAGUCAAGAGGAAGGGCAUUGUUGGUGGCCAAGGUGGUGGAGGUGUGGUACGCCAUAAAUCAACCAAGCGAGAGAGUGGACUUCUUGGAUCUAUAGGCUGGGGAAACAUCGGAGGAUCUCUUGGUGGCUUUCUUGGUGGGACCGAAUUAAGUAGCCUCAAACAGACAAAUGACAGCGAAGGUGCAAGAUCGAUUCCCAUUCUUUCAACCCCCCAGUCGAUCUUGUUCGUGGAUCUUCGGCUCGGACCAGGGGAGAGCAAAAGCUAUAAUUAUCGCCAUCCUUUGCCCAAGGGCAUACCGCCUUCAUAUAAAGGACGAGCUAUGAAAAUAUCCUACAAUUUGGUUGUGGGCACGCAGCGAGCGUCCAAUAUCACACAGCAGCACCAAGUCCAACGUGCCGAUAUUCCCUUCAGGAUUUUGCCUAGCGUUAACAGCCACGGUGAAAUCCUAGGGCAUGACUUGAUGUCUCCUCAUACAAUCUUACAGAAUACCGCAGUCACCUCGAGCCUUGACAAUUCUCACAAAGCUGGAGUUGUCCCUGGAGAUCCUUCUCCGCUAAAAGUCUCGAAAUCUUCCCCUACAGAGUUUCUCUCGUAUGUAGAAAAGAUUCUUGACACACCUCGCGUCGAGUCAGGACAUGGUCUCCUCUCUCCGACAGAGAUUGACUCGCGAUCACAUACGCCCAUGAGCGAAGAGCCAAGUACCAUGAAAGAAUCGAUUGAUCUUGCUAUACUGAGAAGCAAUAUUGCAACAUCGAUGAAUCGCAGCGCAAAUCGAUUUGAGAUAACAAGAAGUGGAGAGCGAGUAGCAGUGAUCCUGCUUGCAAGGCCCGCUUACCGUUUGGGCGAAGCUGUACCCCUCGCUGUUGAUUUUCAAGAUUCAGACAUCUUUUGCUACUCGUUACAUGCUACCUUGGAGACUGCCGAGACGAUAGAUCCCGCGAUAGCACUGCGGUCUAAAGCCAGUAUUCAACGGGUGACUAGACGGAUUCAUGCGUCUCAAUUUGAGUCUACCAUCUCUGCAAGAAAAGUCCUUUUCAGUCCGAUAAUUCCUAUUGCAUCAACCCCAGAGUUUAUAACGUCCGGCAUCAACCUUGAAUGGAAAUUACGGUUCGAGUUCGUUACCAGCCGGCUUGGCGAUGCCGAGGAACUGGAAGAAGGCAUCGAGGGACUCAUGGAAGAGGUAGCUAGAGACGAAAGAGGCAGCGUUCAAGCUGCUGUGCAAGGGCUACCGUGCGAGACUUUCGAAGUCGCAGUACCCUUAAGGGUCUAUGGGGCUACGGCAAAAUUCGAUGAGAAGACUGAAGCAGGCGAUUUUUCCAUAUGA